AUGUCUCUGCCAAAAACCCUUAGCUACCCCCACGCCUUUUAUGUCGCUGCAGCUGUCGCUAUUGCCGGGCUGAGCCUUAAGCAGCAUUUGAAAUAG